UGCAUCCCGACAGGUAGCCAAUGGGAGCGCCUUGUAGCACGAGCCCACCGCCUCCCGUGCGCCGUGUCCCGCGCGCCCAUUGGGCAGACUGAUGGAACCCAGGGAACUCGCACACGAGCCGCUCGCGUGCAGGCUCGGCCUCUAUAAAUAAAACCUGAGGAGCUGGAAACAGGACUGGAUGUCAUCUUGGCGUGAAGACAGAAGUCACUUCGGACAUUUGUUAUCAGCAAACUGCUGCUGUGGUUUGUCAGGAGAAGGCGGGACUUUUUUCAUUUACUGAUCUGCAGCAUUUCUGCUAUUUAUUGUUAUUAUUUUACUGUUUCACUCUUGGAAAUUGUAAAUCUGAAGAUGCCAGCCGGAACUUUAGAAAGAACAUCUCCAUCCGCUGUGGCUGCCACUCCGGCAAGUGGCGACUCCACACCCGAAAAACCCCGGACCCAGACAGAGAGCAGAAAGUCGUCUAAACCAAUCAUGGAAAAGCGGAGACGUGCGCGGAUCAAUGAGAGUCUGAGCCAGCUGAAGACCCUGAUCCUGGACGCACUCAAGAAAGAUAGCUCCAGACACUCCAAACUGGAGAAGGCGGACAUCCUUGAGAUGACUGUGAAGCACCUCAGGAACCUGCAGCGACUUCAGAUGACCGCUGCUGUGAACACAGACCCGUCCGUCUUGGGUAAAUACAGAGCCGGCUUCAGUGAGUGUGUAGGAGAGGUCACCCGUUUCCUGUCCACUUGUGAAGGUGUGAACACAGAGGUGAGGACUCGCCUCCUCAGCCACCUGGCGGCCUGCGUGACCCAGAUCAAUGCUGUGAACUUCUACACACCUCAUCCAGGCCCACUGGGACUCGGACAAACCGGGACACAGAUUCCUGCUUCUUCUGCCCCACAGAUGCCUUGCAAAAGUGGCUCACUGAUGCAAGCCCCCCCAGAAGCGAUGAAGCUGUAUGGUGGCUUCCAGGUUGUGCCAACACCGGAUGGACAGUUUGCCUUUCUUGUUCCCAGUGCAGCUCUCACACCUCUGAGUGCACAAAACAGUCAUCACAUGUCACCUGUUGCACCACCGGCCACCUCAGACUCUGUGUGGAGACCGUGGUAGGAGCUCAGCUCAACCUGAUUUUGGGUGAAAAAAGGACUAUCACACAAUGAUACAUAUUUUUGUACAUUUUGUAAAUGUUUUUGAGAGAGUGAUGUUUACACACAUUUGUGUUUUUGUUAUACGGACUGUGGGAGAUGUCUAUGGACUCGAUGCUUGCUGUGAUUUUGUCUGUUUUUGAUAUGGCACAAUUUGUUUGCCUCAUGCAGUCAACAAAUUCCUUGAAAAGCUCUUGAAAAGCACUGUAUUUUUUGAGAUUAAUAAAAUGUUUCUAUGAUGUUUA